ACAUCCUCUUUACAAAGCCGCGUUUGGGUGCGCGAUAUUCUUCACCAGAAAAACGCAAUUCUUAAACUCAGAGGAAAAGAAAACCGGCGAUUCCUCCGUUCGGUUUUCCAGAUUCAUCAUUUUCAGCAUUGGGCGUUUGGGUUUUCGUUGGGUUUUCCCCAAAGAUGGCUGGCCAUGUUACUCGCUCGAGGGUGCAGCCACAGCUUCAAGAGCAACAAUUAAGAGCUAGGUGGACAACACAUCUUACCAAGAUACUCGCAAGCUUAAUGGUUGAUCAAGUACACCAAGGGAAUAGAAAGAAUGAUAACUUCAGCACAAAAUCAUGGAAGUAUAUCUGCGAUGAAUUUUAUAAGAAAACAGGUCUGAAAUGGGACAAGGAACAACUGAAGAACCGAUAUGCAGUUAUGAGGAAGAUGUAUGUUAUAAUCAAGUCCCUUCUUGAUCGUAGUGAUUUUAGUUGGGAUGAAGCCACAGGGACUAUCACAGCCAGUGAUGAAGUAUGGGCUGAAUACAUGAAGGAACAUGCUGAAGCAGAGAAUUUAAGAAGCAAUGGCUGCCCAAUAUUCAAAGAGCUAUGCAUCAUAUUUUCAGAACCAGCAACCAACGGAAAGCAUGGCCAUCCAGCUGAACAUGAGGAGCCCAUCCAGCAAGUAAUACUGUCCUCAUCCGAAUCUGAGGAAGCAGAUAAGGCUGUGGAGGAUAAAGAAACAGGUCAACCUAUUACGCCCAGCACUACUGCCAUCCGCAAAAGAGGGCGUAAGGGAGUUGAUGAUGCCAUCGCAGGAGCUAUCUUAAAGAUGGCAGCUGCAUCAAAACUGAGAACGGCUGCUGUACAGCAUCGUGCUGCCAGAUAUACCAUAGCUAAUUGUAUUAAAGUACUGGAUCAGAUAACAGGUGUUGACGAGCAAGUCUAUUUUGCUGCUGUUGAUCUGUUCGACAAUCCCAUCGCGAGGGAGAUGUUCUUGUCUCUCAAACACGACAAGCGCUUGAUUUGGUUGCAGGGAAAAUGCAGAGCAGCUAACCUUGUACCCUAGAUUAUCAUACGCUAUGUAGCUGUCUUUCUUCUAAGUCUACUGAUGUGAAUAUUAUUACUCUUAUUUAGUAUCAAUAGUAUCCUUGUUUAGCUUACUAGUUGCAAAUCCAUAUUUGGUAUGUGAGGGGGCAAACGACCCAAGAGGUCCUCUGUCGUAGAUUCAUAUCUUGUGGAGCACAUCCUUAAAAAUGUUGGACUGUUAAGAGUAAUAUAUGUUUAGCUGUAUUUCUU